GCCCAACAAAAUGGACUUUAUAAUCUAGUAGUGCUAGAUCCUCCUUGGUAUAACAAGUCUGCAAGACGAGGCUCAAAGUAUGACGAUAACUUCUAGUUUUUCUCCACUUAAGUAAAUGUAUACCAAAAUCCUACUUAAUAUCACCCCGUACCCUAUAAGGGGUGGCGAAUGGUACCUCGAAAAACGUGGGUCUCAGAAAAUUUUGGCAGGAUCUCAAAAUCUUGGAAGCGUUUUUCAUAAGUCUCGAAGUCUCUUUUUUUCAUGGUUUGUUUUUACUUUUUUUCAGUCUCGGAACUUUUCACCAAAGAGUCUCGGGCACUGAUUCAAGAAACUAGGAUUUCGAUAUCUCAGCAAGUCUCGGAUUUUACCAUUCGCCACCCCUCCUAUAAUUUAUUACCCCUUGUUAAAAAGGUAUAUGGCACACUUCUUCGAUAACCCUUUUAUUGCUGACAGUGACCAAAGAAUAAAAUCACAAACAAAAUCAAAUUUUUGUUUUGUUUUGUCAAAUCUUGUAAAGUAAAGGCCGUUAACAAAACCCGGAUCGGAUUGCUUGGAUCGGAUCGGAUCGGAUCGGACUCCGGAUCGGAUCAGAUCGGAUUACGGAUCGGACUAGUGUCUUCGCUUUUGGUGCAGAAGAAUUAUUUUGACAAAAGCUGCUUUAACAAUGACACAGGUGGCUCGGAAUAAGAAAGCCGAGUUCUCACAACGUGAGUCUAACCGGUUCGACUCGGAUUUUUUCUUCCGAGCCGCCUGUGUCACUAAUACCAAAAAAAUAGUUUCUCAUGUAUCACCAGGCUUAAAAUUCACCAUCAGCUUUAAAAUCAUCGCAAAGAAUUAUUUUCAACUGAACUGCACUGGGAAAUUUUCUGUUGCAUAACUUCAUACGAUUACAAUUCCAAAAAGAGGCUUGGUCACGUGACGUCUCCCGAAUCGAAGAUGGCGGACAGAGAUGUACGUAUCUCUCAUUGCAAUGAUUUUGUUUUUCUUUUCAUCUCCACUCUCUUCUGAAUUGGUCUUCUUUCUCACUGAGCUUGGAUUGAAUGCUUCUUUUCAGAGGAGACGAUUAAGAAAAUCGCGGUAAUAAGCAAGGUACGAUAGCGACGACUUGUUGUCAAUAAGCGAAUGACAUCUUAAAUGUCACCUCCGUUCAAGUAGGCUCAGAAAAUAACGAGAUCACUUUACAAUAAAAAAAAAGAAAAGAAACACUAAAUUAGUUACAGAAGAUUGUAUACAUACUCUUCUCUCCGCCAUCUUCAUUCCGGGGGAUGUCACGUGACCAUUUUGGCGGGAAUUUAAGGCGAAUUGUCAGUCCGAUCCGAUCCGAUCCGAUCCGGAGUCCGAUCCGAUCCACAAUCCGAUCCGAUCCGAGCAAUCCGAUCCGGGUUUUGUUAACGGCCUAAAGUAAACAGUACUAUGUGAAAGUUCUGCCCAAUAAGUUUUAUUUGAAUGGUAACACCAUAAGAUUUCAUCUACAGAUUUAUUGGUUAGAAUAAUAAAAUAAAUAAUCUUGGCAUGAUGUGGUCCAGGUGUAAAAGGUUUGAGAAAGGAUUCAUUUAAAAAGCCAAAGGAUAGGGGAAGAUAGAAAGCAAAGAAAUUAUGCCAAGUACUCCUUGCCUCUUCCUGUCCUUUGCCGCACCAUUUUUCCCUUAAAGUUUUUACAGCCUCGCUAUGUGGAUAUACUGUAAAGGCUGAUUUUGACUAGCGACAGAGUCAGAUUCAGAGUUGUAAGCAGAGUUGUAAGACCGCUUAUCCCCUAGUGAAAAUAAAAAAUCGGAAUCGUAGGUGGAGUCGUAAGCAUGGCGGGAUCAGAGUUAGAAUAACGGCAGGAUAAACCAAUAACAAUGCACAUUCCCACGCUUUGUGAUUGGUUUAGUUCUUCCGCUUCUGCUUCUGACUCUGACAAUCUGGUUUUCACUAGAUCAUAAGCUGAAUGUAAGCAACGGAGUCAUAAGCAAAAUCAGAACACUGUUUUCACUAGAUGAUAAGCACUAGCCACACUUCUGAUUAUGACUCCGACCCUGAUUCUGACUUCGUCACUAGUGAAAACCAGCCUGAAGAGUGGCACACAGAAGCUGCCUCUGUCAAGGGAAGAUGUAACCGGCAUUUUAAGGCUCCAGUUUUAACAUCCCUUGAUUCAGAACUGUUCAAGUGUUUCACUUUGUUUAUCUUCUGUUAAAGGUAUUCCUUCAUGUCCCUAUGGCAGAUCAAGUCUCUACCAGUCCCCCAGCUUCUUGCUCCUGGAGCACUGGUGGGGAUCUGGGUAACAAACAAACAAAAGUAUCUCAGGUUCACCAAGUCAGAGCUUUUUCCUCAUUGGUCAGUUGAGUUAGUGGCAGAGUGGUACUGGGUUAAGGUCACAAGAAGAGGAGAACUGGUAACUGAUUUGGAUUCACCACAUAAGAAACCUUAUGAGCCUUUAUUGAUUGGCAGAUUUAAACCAGAAGGGGAUAAUGGUUUGAGGGAAUAUUGUUCGAAUUUGAUUAUGGAUGACAAGUUUGAUGAAGACAAGAAGAGGUGUAGCUUAGAACAAAGGGAAUUCUGGAAUACUUCAUCACCACAAAUGAAAAGGAAAAGACUUGCAAGCAAUGAAAGUGACACUAAUUUUUGCAUCCAAGAUUUCAACAAAAUUACUACAGCAGCUGAUGGUACUGAAAGUAAAAAUGUGCAUGACAUGUUGCAAACUGUGACUUGGCAAAAAUCACAUGAACACAGACCAAUGCUUUGUGGAUUAAAACACCUGUCGUAUAAAUUAGAAAGGUCAAGUGAUGAUGAUGAAUUUUUAGACUUACAAGUAAAUGAAGCAGUUUGUAAUACUGGUACAGAUAUCAACCUAAAAAGAAAUGUAAAAGAUACUGGCCACUCCUUAGAUUCAGUAGAGUCAUCAAAGAGAGGAUGGGAAAGAUUAUUACCAUAUGAACAAGUGAUCUGUAGUGUGCCCUGCAGGAUCCACUCCAGGAAACCACCUCUGAAUGGUAAGUCUAGAUGACAGAUCUUCAGAAACUUUCAUUUAAUAAAUGAAUGAAUGAGUACAAUUUGUCCUGCAAAAUUGUGAAAAACCGCAUUCUGCCCGAGGUAUGUAAGCUUACUAAAAAAAACAAUGCCGGAUAGUACUGUUUACCUCAGAUGUGAUGUAUAAAAAGUAUAAUCUAGUCACCAGAUUAAUUUUGUUGGCUCGAUUUUGUAAAGUAAAGUUGUCAAACAGAAAAUUUGGCUUGAUUUUUUAUUUUUGCCCCCCUUUUAGAAAGGGAAUGCAACCUUUUAAUAUUACAAUGUACUGUAAAUUGGCUAAUCUACUGUGAUCAAGAGCCAUUGUGGCUCUUGACUCGUCAAGAUGAUUGGUAUCGUUUGGGUGUACAUAUAAGGCUAUUAACUUGAUGUCGGAUUUGUUUCACUCUUGGACUGUUUGUAAAUUAUUUUUCUUUAAAAUCAUUUAGCCUUUCCCUCAAAAGACACAUGAAUGUGUUUGAUUUAAAUUUCUUAUAAAUUUAUUAGUGGGAGCUUCGCUUUUAGCCCUGGCUAAAUCUAUAUAUUAGUACAGUUUCGGUGUCAGUUUUGCAUGUAUUUCAUCAGGGACAAGUCUAUUUAAUCAAAAAGUGAAUUUUGAUGUUCUGUAUUUCAUGUGAGACUGCGUAUAAUGUCUUGCGUCACACCAAUGCUUAAUUUAGUGGACUGGGUCAAUUUGUUAUUGGGGGGAUUGACGUGGAGGGUACUGUAAAGAAAGUCCACAGAUUUUAGAUCUCCAGAGGUGAGCAUCUCUGUACUAUUAAAUAGUACAGAGCUGCUUACCUCUACAGAGCACAUUUGGCUCGUUUUUCCCUAAACUUUAUUUGACUAUACUAACACUGAUACCCCUUCUGCAGAAAUUCUCUCCUGUUAUAUACCACCCUCUUCUCGAUGCCUUGAGAUGUUUGCACGAAACUUAACACCACACUGGACAAGCUGGGGAAAUGAGGUAAGAAGUUAUUAGAUUGUUAUUGGAGGUCAAUUCAAGAUUGUACGGAGGUAGCGUUGCCGAGCGGUUAGAGCAAUGGACUUGACUUGUAUUUCCAAGGCUAGAGUUUGAGUCCCACUCUGACCACCAACUGGAUUUGUUCUCAGUAGUCCCACGUUCAAAACCUCGGCCACGUCUGUAAAUUAGCUAACUCGUCUGGUUUACCUCCUACCAGUUGCGAUUUUAAGAGGAAAUUGUUAUUAUCAAAACAAGAAUGAAUGCUCUAUUUUUUGUUUACAGAAAGACAUAAUUUUUAAUGUGGUUGUAUUACAAGUAGGAAUAGGGCCAUUUAUACGAGGGAAAUAAGAUGCGUCUUACAUAGGAUGCGUCCUAAAUAAGACACAAACUAUCCCGUAUAAACAGCACAUUUCUUUGGAAAUUUAGCUAAGACGCAUCUUAUUUAAGAACAGCCCUUAACACCUGCUCUUCGAUAAGAGGCCUCUUAGCUGAGGUGCGUCUUAAUGUGCUAUUUAUACAGGACAGUUUGCGUCUUAUUUUAGGACGCGUCUUAUUUUCCCUUGUAUAAAUGGCCCUAAUGUGUCCAAAGAAAGGAAAGCGCUUCAGUUUGUAAAAACAUGCAAAUAAUGUUCCAAAACAAGUUGCACAUUACUAAUUGUUGCCUUUUUUACGACUUUUACCACAAUGCACACCCACAGCGUCCUGCAAAUGCUUUUACUCUCUAAGUCUAAGACAGGGUGCUAGUCCAUCAAAGUGGAGCAAAAAGUAUUGUGUUAGGAAACAACACAUCAGUCAUGCUUCAACCCGGACAUACAGAUCUGAAGUUUGACUUGCUAUCCAUUACUAGUAGACACAACAACAGGCUGCGUAGCUUCACAACUGUGUUGGAGACUGAGGUAACUUUAUUUUCUGUUUACUAGGUGUUGAAGUUUCAGAGUAUGGAGUAUUUUACACAGCUGUCAGCAAAAGAAACAGAUCCAAACCUAAGACCGAGCAACCUAUCUUCAAUCACCUCUAUUAACAAUUUUUUGUGUUCGUGA